UUAUGGCAGACCUUUCGACGAAUCGGCGAAUAUUGCCCGUGCUGAUGCUGGCAGUAUUAUGCUGCAUUCCAUCCGUACUGGGAUGUGAUAAACCCUGCGAUCGAUACCAGUAUUGCGACGAAAACAACAACAGUUGCCGUAACUGCAGUGUGUUGUGUGAUAAAGAUCAGUACAGCUGUUUGCAUAAAUGCCAAACGUAUAUGUUCAUGGCCCUUGGGCAACAGGUAGCCUCGCUGCAGACAACCGUCGCCAUGCUCAAGAUCGUAUGCUACGUCGUGAUGCUGCUGUUAUGCUGCAUCGCCCUAUGCUUGGUGGCCAUGCACUACAAGGCCGCCAUUCGUAAGUGUUGCCGGUGGCGUCCCCAAGCCAAGAAGGCUGCUCCUGUAGGCUACACGCAUGAGAACCCCAACACGAAGAGUCCUAAAGCGAUACCGAAGAAUGGGGCGAACGUUCCGAAGCAACCACCGGCGUCCACGACUGUCAGCAUCUACCCGGAGACGGAAGCUGAUAAUUCGGUCCAGACAGGGACGACCUCGAUCAGUAACCGCUAUCCGGCGGAAGAUUCGACCGAAAGUUAUUCAUACGACAACGCGGCCUGUAACGUUACCCCAACUAGUAACAAUCCGAUGCCCAAGUUCUAG